AUGAAAAAAAUAAAAUCAUGCUCAGCACUUACUUUAUUUUUCCAUUUACAACUACUGUCUAUAAUACUGUUUACUAAUGGGUUUUAUAUAGAUGAUAAAAUUAAUUACUGUUCUAAGCAUAAAGCACCAAGUAUAUUUCCCAACAAAAAAAUCCUGAACAGGAGCAUAAUUCUAAAAGCUAAUAAUGACCAUGAAAAGUUUACAAACAAAUUGCCAAAUACUAAUAACGAACAUAUAGAUGAUAAUAUGCAAGAGAAUUUUGUAGGAACAGGAACAAAAGGAAGAACUGAAAAAAUGAGAUCUGAAAUAGAUGAAAUUUUAAAAAAGGGCGAAAACAUCACUAUGGAGCGUUCGUUUUCCUUUAGCAAAAGCAACAUAACGAUUAAACCGGAUCUCUUAAAGGAUCUGAUCACUCAAAAGUACAGAAAAAUAUUCCAAAGACACGAAAAGGAUUGUGGAAGCAGUGAAAUACAAAUAAUAAUUUUAACUUUUAAAAUUUAUUUCUUAACAGAACAUAUGAAGAAGAAUAAAAAAGAUUUUGCAUGCUUGAGGGGCUUAUUCAAAUGUGUUAGUAAGCGAAGAAGACUACUUGUUUACUUAGGGCAAAAGGAUCGCGAAAUGUUUAACAAGAUUACAGACUUUUUUAAUAUUAAGAAACCAUUAAUACCCAGAACGGCCGAGUAUUAUUCGAAGGACUUAAAAUAUAUUCAUUUCAACAAUACUAAAAGAUUUAAAAAUAAUGCUGAAAAGAAGAAAAAAGAUAAACUCAAAAAAAAAAAUGUGCAAACUGAUAAAAUUCUCUUCAGCAUGUAG